AGCUGAACCUUCUCCGACCCAAAUUCCUUGCCGAUUUCGUUGUCUUCCACAGCGGGGCAGCGUAACCGCGAUCUACAGACAGCAUCACACAUCCAUGGGCAUUUGAGGAGAACUUAACUUGCUGUCGGAUGUCACAUACCAACAAUCUGAUGUAGACAGAAAGCUAUAAAAGUGCGGACACAUGUCCGCGCUCAGACCGUGAAGGCGUGCGCACCAUCGAGGACCAUGACAUGAUAACAGAGCUUCAGUUUACGCACGUUUACGCAAACGCAUUAACCGCCACACAUGGUUUUACAAUGGAAUCAAGUCCUAUCAUUUAUGGCGAGGAUUUCUGAAGUGAAGAUAAAAUGAAAAUAAAUGGCAGCGGCUUGAUGAACAGUUCUUCACUGAGCCCUCACGAUGAGAACACCCUGAAUCGCCCUCCCUGGGUCGCCACAACUUUGGGCAGUUUUCUGAUCUUCACUAUCGUGGUUGAUAUAUUGGGGAACCUCUUGGUGAUCUUCUCCGUCUACAGAAACAAGAAACUUAGAAACGCAGGGAACAUAUUUGUGGUGAGUCUGGCCGUAGCUGACCUUGUUGUGGCCAUCUAUCCUUAUCCUCUCGUCCUGGUCUCCAUUUUCCACAAUGGAUGGAAUCUGGGAUUUGUCCACUGCCAGAUCAGUGGAUUCCUGAUGGGACUGAGCGUGAUUGGAUCUAUAUUUAACAUCACGGGCAUCGCCAUCAACCGCUACUGCUACAUCUGUCACAGCCUCAAGUAUGACAAGCUAUACAGUGACAAGAACUCUCUUUGCUACGUCCUUCUUAUCUGGAUUCUGACCGUGGUUGCAAUAGUGCCAAACUUUUACGUGGGCUCCCUGCAGUACGACCCCAGGGUCUACUCAUGUACGUUUGCGCAGUCGGCCAGCUCGGCGUACACGAUUGCAGUGGUUUUCUUCCAUUUCAUCCUUCCAAUCAUGAUUGUGACGUACUGCUACUUGCGCAUUUGGAUCUUGGUGAUCCAAGUGAGGAGACGCGUCAAGCCUGAAUUCCGGCCUAAGCUUACGCCGCAUGACAUAAGGAACUUUGUCACCAUGUUUGUGGUGUUUGUCCUUUUCGCUGUAUGCUGGGCUCCUCUCAAUUUCAUCGGCCUGGCAGUCGCUAUUAACCCAGACCAGGUUGCGCCUCUUAUCCCGGAGUGGUUUUUUGUAUCCAGUUAUUUUAUGGCCUAUUUCAACAGCUGCCUUAAUGCCAUAGUCUACGGACUGCUGAACCAGAACUUCAGAAGAGAGUACAAGAAAAUUAUCAUCUCCCUCUGCACUGCGAGGAUGUUCUUUCCUGAGAGCUCAAAUGACGCUGUAGAACGAAUCAAAAGCAAGCCAUCCCCUUUAAUGACAAACAACAAUCAAGUCAAAGUAGAUUCGGUAUGAAAUCACGCAAAAGGACACUGUGAAUCCAAAACCAAAUCAACAUUUUAGCUGCUUCCAGAAUGAACUAUUUAUAAACGAUAUUUAUAAUCUGAAUACAAGUGUAUGUAUUUCUUGUACCUGUUGCUUUUACAAGAAGGUGCAUUUCAAAUGUCUUGCUUCGUCUCAGAGUUUACAAGUUCAUAACAUUAGGCCUUUUUGUUUUUUAUACAGCACAAUAGGUCAGAGCAUUGUUAUAUACAGUACAAUUUUUUUCAGGACAUCAUUAAUGCUACAAAACCAAUGCACAUACUGUUGUAUAUGAAGCUGCCAAGUGAGACGGUUGAUAGUUCUUAAUCCUCAUAAGUGCUUGACCUUGACUACAUUUACUCUACAUGUGCAAAAAUAAUGAAAUGAUUUCUGAUCAUCAGAGUAAGGACAUAAUUGCAUAAUAGGCUGUUUGCAUGACAAAAGCCAACCUCUUUACUUUUAUAUUACAGGCAGUUGAUAUUAUUAUAAUUAUUCAUUAAGAAGUGUGUUUUUGUACCAACAAACUGUAUUAUUAUUCAGAAACUGUGCAGCAGAAAUGAUGAAAUUAGCAACAAAUUCUCAUUGGAAAUAUGUGCCUCUGCUCAUAUUUUUGUGAGGCCCAAAAAAACUACUUUGACUGCAGGUUCUAUUUAAAACGAAUGAUACGGGGUGUAACAACAACAAUCAGUUUUCUGGUCAAUUCACUCAGUAGCUCAUUAUGCAAGGUGUUGUACUCGUGAGAAAAAGUGCUCGGGUUUGAGUAUGGUCAAAAUCAAGGUAAUAGUAUGUGGUUGCAGAGCAAUUGUUUUUCUUACAUUCACAUUUGAAAACACUUUGUUGCGUUUGGGGAAGAGUUUGGGUCAGGUGAUCUCUGCCUUCUUGAGGAAGUGUAUCAGGAAGUACAUGUAUCUGAAAUGUACAACAAAACGUACCACAAGUAAUGUAUUUCAGAUUAGCAAAAAUUUAAUCAGUGCCAUCUGUAAAAUGCAACCAAACAUACCCAGAGCAACGUAAUUUAUGUUGCAAAAAAAUGUAGGCUGAGGCAUGUAUUUGCAAUGAGACUGGGCUGGAUUUUAGAUGUGUUACAUCUACAUAUAUGGCGUUGUGAUGGACAUGUAACUGGUUUUGUUUAUGUUGAACUGCACUCUGUGCACUGAUGAUGUAGCGCAAACACUUUUUGCAAUGAGUUAUGGUCACAGAUUUUUUUUGCCAACUAGGGGUAAUAAUGUGAAAAAGGUGUUUACCUGCUUUGUUUACAAAAUUGUUUACAGAAUAAUGUAAUUAUGGUUACUACUAUAAUGAUUUAAAUUAGGGGUGGGCUGUAUGAUCUAUAUUUAAAUAGAUAGUUAUUUCAGAAAAUCAGUAAAAAUAAAGAGAUGCUGAAUAAAUUAAAAAUCUUCAGAAAUUAAAAGGGCUUUUGUCAAACACCCUUUGGCUAAGCUGCUAUCAGCUUUUUUUUCGGUUUGUGUGUUUUUGUGAAAUGUUCAUUUUCAGGUUAAUUUGAAGA